AUGCACGGGGCUAUCCUGGGGCAAGAGACCUACCGGCUCACAGGGUCACUAGAUAUUAGCAUGCACGGGUCUAUCCUGGGGCAAGAAACCUACCGGCUCACAGGGUCACUAGAUAUUAGCAUGCACGGGGCUAUUCUGGGGCAAGAAACCUACUGGCUCACAGGGUUACUAGAUAUUAACAUGCACGGGGCUAUCCUGGGGCAAGAGACCUACCGGCUCACAGGGUUACUAGAUAUUAGCAUGCACGGGGCUAUUCUGGGGCAAGAGACCUACCGGCUCACAGGGUUACUAGAUAUUAGCAUGCACGGGUUUAUCCUGGGGCAAGAGACCUACCGGCUCACAGGGUUACUAGAUAUUAGCAUGCACGGGGCUAUCCUGGGGCAAGAGUCCUACCGGAUCACAGGGUUACUAGAUAUUAGCAUGCACGGGUCUAUCCUGGGGCAAGAGACCUACCGGCUCACAGGGUUACUAGAUAUUAGCAUGCACAGAGCUAUUCUGGGGCAAGAGACCUACUGGCUCACAGGGUUACUAGAUAUUAACAUGCACAGAGCUAUUCUGGGGCAAGAGACCUACCGGCUCACAGGGUUACUAGAUAUUAGCAUGCAUUGGACUAUUCUGGGGCAAGAGUCCUACCGGCUCCCAGGGUUACUAGAUAUUAGCAUGCAUGGGACUAUUCUGGGGCAAGAGUCCUACCGGCUCCCAGGGUUACUAGAUAUUAGCAUGCAUGGGACUAUUCUGGGGCAAA